AUGGACCUGGAAUCAAGAGUGGGUAACGACGGUGCACUUCAGAGACAAUUAGAAUACUUUCAGGACAUGAUCAAUAAAACGAUGGAGUUGAGAGAUGAAACGGAUGACACAGAGGAGUUCAUCAAUUUGGAAGAAAGAAUAGUAGCUCUUAGGGAAGCAAGGGACAGGACAGUUAUACAGAAAAAGUUAGAGGAAGGUAGACAAGCCCAAGUUGAAGACAUUUCCAGAUUCCGCAAAUUUGUGAAAUGGUUAGGGGAGGAAAAGGUGGGACUUACAGGUGUAGCCGUAUCAACAGCCGGUCUAAUCACAGCCUUACUGAUCCAUGCUAGGGGAGCAAUUGUAGGAACAGCAAAGGCAACAAGUAAAGUAGAAAAAGCACUAGCCAAUAUAGCUAAGAAAGGUGCUCCAAUUCUUGUACCAGUCCUAAAUGAAAUCGCAACAGCACUGUCAUGGGGUGCCAAACAUAGAUAUAGGAGACCUAGAUUGCUGACUGUAAUGUUUCUAUUGCGCACGCGACGCGCCAACAUGAGCAUUCAAAAUGGCGGCUCAACCGGUCAAAAAUCAUAGAGCGAGAUAGGGAAAAACCAUGUUUUUCGCAUUUUACGCCUGCCUACUGUUUCCGAUCCCGUUGAACCACCUUUUUUGGGGAACUACUAGCUGGUGUGAAGGUUUUGGAUGAAUAUUUGUACAAUUUAAGUUCAAUUAAAGACGAAAUAAUCGAUCGCUAAAUGUUUUCUGAAAAUCAUCACAUGGUCGGUUGAGCAGUUCGAGACAUUUUAUUGCAGAAAUUAAAGGUUUUGGUUCUUUGGGUGCUUUUUUUCUCGAGGAUCUCGGUUGGGAUAUAUAACAGGGAAUAAUAUUGUGAAGUAUUUUGAAGUUUAAAACCUAUUUUGCUUGAUUUACCUGGUCUGCAUGCUGGUGCGAAAACUAUGAUGCUUUGUUUACAAGUGUUUUAGUGUGACUUUGAUGACCUUGCUGCUGCAGAUGUCAAGGGAUCUCUAGUCUAUAUGGCCUGGAGAGUGAAAUGUGAUGAAUCAAACAGGAUUUUAAAGAGAACUAGUGACAGCAAAAGUUUUCAAUGGAAACUAUUUUGAAGAAACUGGCUAAUUUGUCAUCAAAAACCUUCACAGUAUAUCUAGUUCUCUCCAAGAAACCUAUUGAUUCAUCAUUGAUAUAAAUCAAAAAUAGAUGGGACAGCAUAUUCUUUCAGCUAUUUCUUGGAUUGGCCUUUUAUUAAUUGCUUUCCCUUACUAACUCAGCAGUAAGCACUCUCCCCUUGACAAGUAAAAUUAUAUGGUGUUAGAGUAAAAUAAUAAAGUAGGGUGCAACUCAAUGGGUUAACCGGACCCAUGGCCAGUUAAGCCAUUAAGUACCAACACUCUCCCCUUUAGAAGUAAAAUCAUCUGCCGUAAUGCUGUUAGACAAAAUAAAAUAAUAAAGUAGGGCACAUCAGGGCACAAUGCGACUUAAUGGUUAAAUGGGUUGGUGGGUGUAGGGACCACAGAGCACAGAAUAAAGUCAAAUUUCAAAAGAAGCUUGCCGAGAAAAGUUGGUCUGAAGUUACGUCAUUGGAAACAGUUGAAGAAGCAACUAAAGUAUUGGAGGACACUAUCCAUAAUAUGAUAGAUCAAUGUUUUCCAAAGAAAACAGUUACUCUUUCCACUCGUGACCCUCCAUGGAUGUCUCCACUCUUAAAAUAUUUAAUAAGAAAAAGAUAA